GAUAACGAUAAUGAAGUAUUGUGAAGAGCAGAGUUUAUGCCUCAAUGGAGUUCAGGUGAACUCUGGUUUGAAGAUUGUGGUUCGGAAUAUGGAAACAAACAGAGAGAAAUCUUUCACCAUGAAUCCAAUAAAACAGAGAAGAAAAUCUGAACCCGGGCUGAUUAAGACGAAGAAAAAGAUGAGUACAGGAAAAAAGAAGAAUUUGAAUCAAGAAAGUUCUAAAGAGGAAAAUUGUAAGAAAAUCUCAAAAAAUGUUCCGAGCCUGGACUUCUCUGAUGAGAUAUCUGAAUCUAGCAGAAGUUCCGUACAUGGUUCAGAAUCUAGUGCUAACUCAGUCGAUGAUAAGAGUCGUAGUUACCUUUACGAAUUUUCCGCCGAACCCACCGUUAGCGGAGUAAAAGAGGAAUUAAAAACAGAAUCCCGGGAUUCAGCCUUGGAGAAAAAACUUGCUAAAUUCUCAUAUAGAAUCAAUGAUAGCGGAAUAGGAACGGAUUUAUCAUUUGAAGGACAGAAUGAAGAAAUAUUUGAAGAUAUUUCUUUUCAGACCAAUCAUCAGGAUAAAUACUCUUAUAAAACCAAGAAUAAUGGAGCAAUGGAGGAUCUAUGUUCAAUGACGAGGGAUAGCGGAAUAACAGAAGAGUUUUCUCUGAGUUCAGACCUUCUCCUGUACAAGGCUAGGACUGGAGAGAAAACUGAACUUGAAGAGGGUGCUUCUACUUGGAGAACUCAAGAUUCAUCACAGAAUAUUCUAGAUGAAAAUCUUGAGACUCGGUAUUAUUUAGAGCGGAAUAAUGAUUACUCCACUCCAUGUCCUAUCCUGUGUAAAGAUGAGAACACGGAUAAAAGUUCGAGUACAAGAUCUGGAACCCAGUCCCCUGAUUUAGACUCAACCCAGAGAGAUAAUCCCCAAAGUAUUUCUCCUUGUAGGAUAGAUUACUGCUCUAUUGACAAUGAGGAACAUUCUGAUAUUCGUCCUGCUCCGUAUAGCCAUGACUACCCAGAUAUAAGGAUGGAAAAUAUAAACCUCUCUUUGGAUCAACUCUACUCAGCAGCUAAAUAUGAAGUGGAGAAAACAGGAUUUAAACUCACAGAAACCGAUCCAUCAAUUUAUUCUGAAGAUGAAGAGAAGAAGAUUGAAGAAGAUAUCAUUAUAACUGAGCUGGACUCUGUCAGUAACAGAUGGACUCCAACUAACUCGACCCAAACCUGUCAACAAAGCAGGGACGGAGUUGAAAGCCCAAGGGAAGAACCAAGAAUGCAAGUUCAGGUUCAGGAGUUAGAUAAAGAAACCUUUCAUUUUGAGGAUACUCCGAGAACACACUUGACAGAGGAUAGGAAUAUAAAACAUACAAGUGAUCCAAUUACUACCGGAGAAAAUAGAGAUUUAGAUACAUGCAGAGAUCUGGAGAUUCAAACGUUCGAAUCUCCUCAAGAGAAUCAGGAAGCUAAGAACUCUGACGUAUUCCAAAAUAAAAUCAGAAACUUUAUCCAAACCAUCGAAGAUGAAGAGAUCAAAGAAAACCAUAAACCAGAAGAUGAAGAGAUCAAAGAAAACCAUAAACCAGAAGAUGAAGAGAUCAAAGAAAACCAUAAACCAGAAGAUGAAGAGAUCAAAGAAAACUAUAAACCAGAAGAUGAAAGAAGUGAAGGUCUUGAUGAAAAUGUAGAUGUGGAAGAGGAAGAAAGAUUAAGUGAUGAAGAUCUUGAGAAGUUAAAGAAGAAAUGUUUGGAUCGUCUCAAGAAAUCAGAAUCCCGUUCUGAAACCCAGGAUUAUGCUGCAAACUCGUCCAUCCAAGAUUUCUCCAAUAGUCAGAAACUACUGAAGUUCCUGGCGGAGAGUGAAGAGAAGGAUGAGAGAACUAAAAGCAAGGUUAAAACUGUAUCCUAUAGUCUACACCCUGAUAUUCCUAAACUAGGAGAUCUUCUUUCUAAAUCUGUUGCAGAUCUUUCAGAGGAAGUGAUGAAUCUUAAUCUUGAACUUGAGAAAGAGAGGAGAACCAUAACAAUCCUGAAAUCUGGAUUGGAGCAGAGCAACCUUGUAACCUCGGAGAAUAUAAACCAGAUACUCAGAGAGAACAAGCAGAGAACGGAGAUACAGAGGAAACAGUACGAGGAUACAGUGGCACGUCACCAGGCAUUUAUUGAUCAGCUGAUAGCUGAUAAGAAGCUGAUAAAUGAGAAGUGCGAAGAUUUGACAAAAGAACUAAGAACUGUCGAAAAACGCGGAAAGGAAAAUCUGAAAGCUAUUGAAACACGACACUCUAUUGAGUUGAACAGGUUGAAGCAUAUGAGUGAAAGCUCGGAUAAGAUAAAGAGGGAAAGAUGGAUGGAUCAGAAAGUGAAGAAGAUAAAAGAUCAAACUGCUAAAAGUCUAGAGCUUGAGGUGGAGAAGUUGAUGAGAAAACACUCAACCCAACUCUCAGAUAUCAAGGCAGGACAGAGAAGAGAACUAGAGGAGCAGGAACAAACCCUGAGGCGAGAUUUCUCCAGGUCCUUUGAUCAGUACAGGGUUCAGGUUGAAAGAGAGAAGAAGGAGAUAAUUGAGGAGGAGAAGGUGGCUCAGCUGGAAAGGUUCAGAAAGCAGGCGGAGCAGAUUCAAUCCUUUCAUCAGGACGAGGUUCAACAGCUCCGGGAUGAGAUAGAACGAGAACGAAGAAAACAGGAGGAGGAGAGAACAAGAUGGAUGGAUGAAGCAGAACAAAUCAGGAAACUGUACAGAGAUAAGGCAGACAACGAACAGAAGAAUAUAAAAGAAGAAAUGGAAGACAUGAAGAAAGCUCUGAAUAGAAAACAUGCAAACGAACUUCUCACGUUUAAAACAAACGAGGAGAGUGAACGGAAGGAGUUUGAACGAAAAGUAAACGAGAACUUUGAGAAACAAUGGAAAGAUCGAGAAUCUGAACUCAGGUUUAAGUUCUCCAAGGAACGAGAUCUGGAGAUAGAUCGAGUAAUAGAGAAACUAGAACUAGAGAUGAAGAAGAGUCGAGAGGACAGUGAGAAGAGUUUUGAAACUAGAUUAAAGAGAUUAAAGAUGAAACAUGAUUCCGAGAUUGCAGAGAUGGUGAGGGAGGUUGAAGAGUUGAAGGUGAGGCUGGGGGAGAUGAGGGAGAAGAAUAUGAAGACAGAGGAGAACAACCAUCUCCUGGAGUCCAUCAACAGUAAGCUGGAGCUCCGGUUGGUUGAGCUAGAGGAGACGAAGGAAAGGUUGGAGGAGGAGAGGAAGGAUAUAACGGGAGUUGUGAGGAAGGAGUUUACUCUUAACCUGGAGAAUCUAACAGAAGAGAAGAAUAAACUCUCAGAGGAGAUUAACUCAAUGCUGAUCCUUCACAAGACGGAGAUACAUGACAAGGUUCAGGAGCAAAGAAGGAUGAAGAGAGAGUUCGAGGUAGAGGUUCAAGGUCUCCAGGAGAAGGUUGAGGAGGUGGUGAGGAGGAAGGAGAAGAUGGUGGAGGAGUUGACGGAGCAGCAUGAACUAGCAGUACAGAGGAUACAUCACCUGGAGACUAUAAUCAGUCAGCAGGGUAGAGAGCUGAUUAUCAGCAAACAAACCAAAGAUUUAAUCAGCUCAACAAAUAUUAAUCCACGUAAGCUGAAAUCUAAGCAUGUUUAAAAUUUAUUCAACUUGAAACGUCCUUGAUUUUAAAAUCCCUCUGCGAACGAAAG